AUGCCGCUUUACAAGUCGCUUAAGAACUACCUGCCAUGGACUCAGGCCCCACUAAUCGCCAAUGCUCCCAUGAGUGGUGCAGCCACCAGUGAAUUGGCGAUCGCCGUUACUCGCGCUGGGGGACUGGGUCAAAUUGGAUUUUUGGAUGACAUGAGAGAGUUAUCCAGUCAGCUGGAUAUCGUUCGGCAUGGGCUGAGAGAUGUAAUGGCCACUCUUGAUAAUUCCCAACAGCUCCCCGUUGGACUUGGAGUGAUAGUCUUUGGAUCCCCCAUUGAGGCAUGGAUGCGACUCUUUACGACAUACAAACCAGUGGUGGCCUGGCUUUCCUUUGCCAGUACGGCUGAGCUCAAGCAGUGGACUGAGCGAAUCCGGCAGGCAUCACCCGACACUAGAGUCUGGAUUCAACUGGGAAGUGUGCAAGCAGCGAUUGAAGCCGCCCAAGCAUGUCGUCCUGAUGCCCUGGUGAUUCAGGGAGGCGAUGCCGGAGGGCAUGGACACUCCAAUGGCGCUAGCGUCUUGACUCUCCUCCCAGAGGUAGCAGAUGUUCUCCAGGACCAUGAAAUCUCUGAGAUCCCCCUGAUUGCUGCCGGGGGGAUAGUUGACGGAAGAGGAUGUGCGGCAGCCCUCACACUCGGCGCAUCGGGUGUGGUGAUGGGAACACGCUUUCUCGCGGCACCGGAAACCCAUAUCCCCCAGAUAUAUCGGAACGCGAUCCUAGCAGCUUCGGAUGGAGGGCAGACGACGGCAAGGUCUCGGGUGUUUGAUGAAAUUUGGGGCCCUAACUUCUGGCCCAUGAUAUAUGAUGGGCGGUGCCUUCGAAACAAAGUAUACGAUCAAUAUACUGGCGGGAUGAGUAUACAAAAUAUUCGGCUCUGGCUACAUGCGGCGAUGAAUGGAGUCAAUAGUGAGGAUCUCAAAACGGAGGACAUGGGCAGUGUUUGGGCUGGAACCGGGGUUGGCAUGGUGAAGAAGAUGAAUAGUGCUGCCGAUAUUGUUCGAGAAGUCCAGGAAGAGACCAGGCGAAGGAUUGAUUCAACUGCAAAACUCAGUGAGUUCCAGGGGCAGGGAUCUGUCGUCUAA